CGGGGAGGGUUGGACUCAGUAACCCCCCUCUCAGCUAUUCUUCAAACUCCAGGGGCGAAAGAAGAAAAAAAGGAGGACAAAAAGGCGUGCGGCCAGUCGCUCCUCGUCGUCGCGCGCUUGGACAUGAAUGAGGACGCAGCGCGCCUCCCCGCCGUCUCCAGCGGACACUCUGCGCUCAGCGGCGCACAGAAGGUGCCCAAAUGAACCGCCGCCCUCCCGGCUCCUCCGGCGUGCAAUGGCUUAACAGGAGAGACAUGAGCGUCCGGACGGAGGACAGCAUCACUUUGUGCCAAAGGGCUCUCCAGAUCGUCACGGAACUUUGUCUGGCCGGACACGUAGACCGGGAGAAAUGCGCGGAUAUUUUCCCGCUGGAGAGCAACAUACAAGGUAAAGGACACGCAGACAUCUCUAUCAGUCUCCUUGCUGUGGUCGUGGGUUUCUGUGGCCUCGCCUUGUUGGUAGUCUCUCUCUUUGUCUUUUGGAAGCUGUGCUGGCCUAUUUGGAGGAGCAAGACGCUUUCGUCCCACGCCGAAAAUGGCCUCCACGUGGGUUUCCUCGAGGCGGCGCCGCCCAGAGCCCCUCCUGUCACCGAGUGCAAAGCGGCAGAGGUGGAAAAGAAGCAGCCGCUGGAGGUGAAGGUGAACGGGCAGCGCUCUGUGAAGCACCUGGAGGCGGCCAUGAAGAUCAGCCAGACGUCGCCAGACAUCCCCGCCGAGGUGCAAACGGCCCUGAGGGAGAAGAUCAGCCGACAGCCUACGAAAAUCCAGAGGCAGACCACCGAGCCGACCUCCUCCUCCAGGCACAAUUCAUUCCGGCGCCACCUUCCUCGUCAGAUGAAUGUCACCAGUGUGGARUUCAGCAUGGACGCAGUGCCGCUCCGCCAGUCCUCUACGGUGAGCUUUGGAAGAAUAAAACCCGAACUCUACAAGCAGAAGUCUGUGGACUCUGAGGAUGAGGCCAAAGGGCAUGUCGAAACCUGCGGGAAGCUCAGCUUCUCGCUACGCUACGACUACGAGGAGCAGGCUUUGGUCGUGAAAAUCCUCAAGGCUUUAGACCUGCCUGCCAAAGACUUCACGGGCACCUCGGACCCGUAUGUGAAGAUGUACUUGCUGCCAGACAGGAAGAAGAAGUUCCAGACAAGGGUGCACCGCAAGAAUCUGAACCCCACGUUUGACGAGACCUUCUGUUUCCCCGUGGCGUACGAUGAGCUUUGCAAUCGGAAGCUGCACUUUAGCGUCUACGACUUCGAUCGAUUCACAAGCCAUGAUAUGAUCGGCGAGAUCGUGGUGGACAACCUCUUUGAACUCUCCGAUCUUUCAAGGGAGGCAGUUGUGUGGAAGGAUAUUCACACAGCAACUACAGAGAGUAUCGACUUGGGAGAAAUCAUGUACUCGUUGUGCUACCUGCCCACAGCGGGGAGAAUGACCCUAACAGUCAUCAAAUGCAGAAACCUCAAAGCCAUGGACAUCACAGGCUCCUCAGACCCGUACGUGAAGGUUUACCUGGUCUGUAAUGGACGGAGGCUGAAGAAGAGAAAAACAACAAUCAAGAAAAGUACACUUAAUCCUGUGUACAAUGAGGCCAUCAUCUUCGACAUCCCCCCAGAAAACGUGGAACAAGUCAGCCUGUCCAUCAUGGUGAUGGAUUAUGAUCGGGUUGGACACAAUGAGGUGAUCGGUGUGUGUCGAGCCGGGCCAGAUGCAGUGGGCCUUGGACGAGAUCACUGGAACGAAAUGCUGGCUUAUCCACGAAAACCCAUCACUCACUGGCACGCUCUGGGAGAGUGGCCCGGAAGAGCUGCAAGCUUCGAGAGCCAAGCUUCGUGUUCUUCACCCAAACCUCCACAGACACCCUGAUGAUCCCAGGUACAAUCACCUCUGAAAGACACCAGACAUAUAAGAAGCUGUGUUGCUUAUCAAGAGCACGUUGUACGGAAACUGAAUUCACUCCUAAUGUGUUUCUAUGGUUGUACUGAAAUGUUACGUAUUCAUUUGAAUGCAACUUCUCUAAGUGCUCUAAAGAGAUGGCUAUGCACAGCACUCAUGGUCAAUCAGAUGAAGAGUUUGGGAAGGUUUUUGAUUUACCAAGCAUUUACCACAUGAAUAAAGCCUUCAAGGAUGUAAUCAUGUCUCACAUCAAACUGCUUCAACCUUUCCAGUAUUUUCAACCAGCUUCAGAUUCUUUUGGCCCACAAGCUCUUUUGGUGCUUUACAGAAUUUAUUUAAUGUGGCACAAGUUGAAAGGGCUACGCUGCUCGGUGCCAUGAAAACGUUUAGCGGUGAAUAAAUUCAAGGUUUCGCUUCAAACAGGUAAAUGAGCAUGUGCAAGAACAACUGUCAUAGAUAGGAAACAAUCAGCAAAGUGGUGAUUAGAGAAAGGGUAGCCGAUACAUGUAGCAGUGUAAUGUACAGAAUACUGAGGAUGCCGUUUAUUUUGCGGCGCAUUAGGUGGGAUCUUAAAUCAACUCCAAAUGAAUAAAUUUGUACCUAUUUUUCUACACGCAGGAGAAUUUAUCUUCAUAGGAAAUUGAACUUGCACGUUUGAAUUGAUAAAAUAUGUUUAACUUUAAAUAUUGCAAUUAGAACGUGCAAUAAAAUGUUUCAAUGCCACAUUCCUAAGAUAUCUGACGAAAAACAGCUUCUUUGAACAUUUUAUUCACGGUUUCAAAUUCAGGGAGCUCCACCUCCACACAAUUUAUUUAUUUAUUUAUUUUUUGUGWGCGUCUCCAUUUAGCCAUGUUACAUUAGGUUUGAAACAGAACUUCUUACACGUGAGUAAUAAAACUAAUCAGCAUAGCAAUUAGAGAAAGGCUGUGUACUGUUAUCUUGCACAUGCAGUAAAUGAUGCCCCCCCCCUGCUUCCCCCGAAUAUUAGCGGUUUUAUUUUUAUUUUUUUUACUCGUAGCAUGCCUGUCCCCACUUUAACAAAAGCACUUACUGGGGGAAAAUGUGUGUAAUGUUUGAGUAUCUGUGUUUACAGCUGUAUAUAAACCUGUGUACUUGGCUUUGUUUCAUAAAAGAAGGGGAUUCUGUGUAAAAUGCCAACAGAAGCAGAUUGCAGUCAUUUGAAAUUAAAGACAAAAUUAUAAAAUGUUGAAUUUUCUUUAUUAUAAUUGUUUGUUAGGUGGAUGCUUGUUUUGAAUUGAAUUGCUUAAAUGAGUUUUAAAACCACUGAAACAGUUUGAUUGCGUCUUCUUUAAUUAAUUGAAAACUAAGAAUGUAUUUUGUUUGUAUUUACAUUCUACACAGAGUACCGAUGCUUUUGGAAACGGGCUUGUUCUUUAAUGGCACUAUUUGUACUUACUGAGACGUCAAACCUAAGAAGUUGUCGUGAAUUCAUGUAAACAAAAGACAUCACAAUGUAUUUCUAUCGUUUGGUGGCACUUUGAAAAGCUCUGACUUGUAAACRGAGUAUCACAUUUCUACACGUUCUGUAAUAGUUGUGAACAACUAGUGAAAGUGGAAAACCUCCCAUCUUCAAGUUUUUGAAUCUGUAGGAGACUAGAGCUUUGAGCUGUGAUUGUUGAAUCUGUAUGAAGCGAGAACAAAACACAACCACCGUCAUGACGUGUACAGUUUGUGAUACUUUUUUGUAACUAUAUAAAGUAAGCAUUUGGGAUAUAAUUUAUUGUAAUUGUUUCAUAUGUAUUUUAAGAACAUAAAUAAAAAAUAAGGGUUUGUCUUUU